GCUUAUUUACCGUAGGAUACAGUACAGAGUACAAUCGAUCGAUGAGUACGAAUAGUACGAGUACGAGUAAGUACUUCUACGACGACUUCAAAGCAGAAGCAUUUUGCAUUUUCUGUUUCGAAGUCCUUCUACAACUGUUCCGUGGCAGUCUUUCAUUUCUUUGUAGUGCAAGUAUAAGGAGCUCCAGCUGAUUUGCCAAGACAUUCCACCCAUCUAAUCUAAGUCGAAGCUCCCUCCAAAACCCGCUCUUGCUCCGAGCCACCGAUACCGGAGCGCAACAGCAACAACAACAGCAACAACAACAAACACCAUGGAAAACGAUCCCGGCUCCGCUUCGGCUUCCUACGGCGGCAUGCCCCACCCCACGGCGCGCGCCCUCGCCGAGGUGGGCGUGGUCACCGGGCUCUUUCUCCUCGCCAUUGGCUGCAUGGCCUGUGCCCUGCACCGCCGGCCGCGGAACGGUGGUGGCGACCGCUGCUGCCGGCGGAUCCUCCGGCGGGGGAGCUCGGCCUCCGGUCGCUUGUUCGGAGACGGCGGCGACAACGACGACGACGGCGAGUCGUACAUCGACGACGAGGAAACCGGCCGGGCCCCCUCCCCGCACGUCUUUGACACCCUCCACGAGCUGGUGUUUUUCCUGGGGAGGGCGGGGGACGGCGGCGGAGGUCGUCCUCCCCCCACCGGAAUCGUGGCGGGGAGCGGGGAAGCCGAAGGGAGAAGGGUGCCGGCCGGCCUCGACCGGAUCUUUCCGGACCUGCUGGAGGCCCCCGGCGGAGCCGGAGGGGGGGACCCGCAAGCACCGGGCGGUGCAGAAGGCGGCAACGGCCUUCGGGAGCCCCUGCUGUAGCAGCGACGCGGGAACCUCGUGGUUCGGUCCGAACCGCCGUACCCCUUUUUGGACGGGGAGCAAGCGGCCUUGGGCAUCGAGCGAUGCCUUGUGCCGGAGUGGACGAACAACGACAAUAGUGUGUGUAAAUAGUGUUUGGCGUCCUUGUGGUCGUGCGGUAGGGAAGGCAGAGCAUUGUUCUGGUCUUCGAGAAUCCAACGAGAAUGUGCUAGUAGUUAUUGGCCCCUGGUGGAUACGACAUGACGAAACCACCACCGCCAAGGCAGGUAUUGCACCAAAGAAACCUCUAGCAGGGGUAGCACCGGCUCCUGGUGGUUUGACAUGAAGAGCUAGUACUGGCUAAUAGUAGUAGUACUACUACUAGUAAUAUUUGCAUUAAAUUAUGGCUUGAUUGGUGGUGCUGAAAGAUUACCACACUGGUACUAGUAAUAGCAGUAAAUUUUGAACUACAACUGUCACACCCACCUUUAUUUGUAUCAUAAUAACAAUAGUAGUCUAAUAGGAGUAGCCUGCCCAUUGUAUGAAGUAAAACUAUGAUUUGCAC